AUGUUCCCAGCCCUGCGGUACAGGAUGAUCAACAAGCCUGAGAAGCUGGACAAGCCAGAGAGCUGUGAUAACGUGAAGGUUGUUGUCCGAUGCCGGCCUCUGAACGAACGAGAGAAAGCUACAGGCUACAAGAUGGCAGUCAACGUAGAUGAAAUGAGAGGAACUAUAACUGUUCAUAAAACAGACUCAUCCAAUGAGCCUCCCAAGACGUUUACGUUUGACACUGUUUUUGGACCAGAGAGUAAACAGCUAGAUGUCUAUAACUUAACCGCAAGACCUAUUAUUGACUCUGUCCUAGAAGGAUACAAUGGCACUAUUUUUGCAUAUGGGCAGACUGGAACAGGCAAAACUUUCACCAUGGAAGGGGUCCGAGCAGUUCCUGAGCUUAGAGGAAUCAUUCCCAAUUCCUUUGCCCAUAUAUUUGGUCACAUUGCCAAGGCAGAGGGGGAUACAAGGUUUUUGGUUCGUGUAUCUUACCUGGAAAUUUACAAUGAAGAAGUGCGAGACCUGCUAGGAAAAGACCAGACACAGAGGUUAGAGGUUAAAGAGAGACCUGAUGUGGGAGUUUAUAUCAAAGACCUAUCAGCCUAUGUCGUAAACAAUGCAGAUGAUAUGGACAGAAUCAUGACUCUGGGCCACAAAAACCGUUCUGUUGGUGCCACAAACAUGAACGAGCACAGCUCCCGUUCGCACGCUAUCUUCACCAUCACCAUUGAGUGCAGCGAAAAGGGGGUUGAUGGAAACAUGCAUGUUCGCAUGGGCAAACUGCACCUCGUUGACCUUGCUGGUUCUGAAAGACAGGCAAAGACUGGAGCCACAGGACAGCGACUGAAAGAAGCUACUAAGAUCAACCUUUCUCUUUCCACCCUGGGGAAUGUCAUCUCGGCACUGGUGGAUGGCAAGAGCACUCACGUACCUUACCGUAACUCCAAACUUACACGGCUCCUUCAGGAUUCUCUGGGGGGCAACUCCAAAACCAUGAUGUGUGCAAACAUUGGUCCAGCAGACUACAAUUAUGAUGAGACUAUCAGCACUCUCAGAUACGCAAACCGAGCCAAGAACAUCAAGAACAAGGCAAGGAUUAAUGAAGAUCCCAAGGAUGCUUUGCUCCGUCAGUUUCAAAAAGAAAUUGAGGAGCUUAAAAAAAAACUGGAAGAAGGGGAAGAGAUUUCUGGUUCUGAGACCAGUGACUCUGAAGAAGAGGAUGAAGAUGACAAUGGGGAGAUUGGAGAGGAUGGGGAAAAGAGGAAGAAACGACGGGGCAGUAGCAGCAGCAGUAGUUCAGACUCCACAUGCUCUGUCAUAGAGAAACCUCUGGAUAAGUCCUUCACUAAUCAAGCAGGAAAAAAGAAGGUUUCCCCUGAUAAGAUGGUGGAGAUGCAAGCAAAGAUUGAAGAGGAGAGAAAAGCUCUUGAAACCAAGCUUGAUAUGGAAGAAGAAGAAAGAAAUAAAGCCAGAGCUGAACUGGAGAAGAGAGAAAAAGAUUUGCUUAAAGCUCAACAAGAGCACCAGACCCUGCUAGAGAAACUGUCUGCACUGGAGAAGAAGGUGAUUGUAGGAGGUGUGGACUUGCUCGCAAAAGCAGAGGAACAAGAGAAACUUCUAGAAGAAUCAAAUAUGGAGCUGGAAGAACGAAGGAAGAGAGCAGAGCAGCUUCGCAAGGAGCUUGAGGAGAAGGAGCAAGAACGCUUGGACAUAGAGGAGAAGUACACCAGCCUCCAGGAAGAAGCACAGGGAAAAACUAAAAAGCUGAAGAAGGUUUGGACCAUGCUUAUGGCUGCAAAAUCAGAGAUGGCAGAUCUGCAACAAGAGCAUCAGAGAGAGAUCGAAGGGUUACUGGAGAAUAUUCGGCAGCUGAGCAGGGAACUUCGUCUUCAGAUGCUUAUCAUAGACAACUUCAUUCCUCAAGACUACCAGGAAAUGAUUGAAAACUACGUUCACUGGAACGAAGACAUUGGGGAAUGGCAGCUGAAAUGUGUUGCAUAUACAGGAAACAACAUGAGGAAGCAGACUCCUGUCCUGGAUAAAAAGGAAAAAGAUCCCUUUGAAGUGGACCUUUCCCAUGUUUACCUAGCUUACACAGAAGAAAGCCUGAGGCAGUCUUUGAUGAAGCUGGAGAGACCGAGGACUUCAAAAGGAAGAUCCAGGCCCAAAACCGGUAGAAGAAAACGUUCUGCAAAGCCAGGAGCCGUCAUUGACUCCCUGCUGCAGUAGGUGUUAUGGAUUCAGGAUUGCUGUAAAAAUCAGUGAGUGUAUAAGACUUGGCCAGAAUGUGGAACCCAAAAGAGUUGGCAGAGUUUGACAAAGUGGCUAUGAAAUCCAUGCCUUACUGGUAUGGAGCUUUAUUUAAAACAUGUCCUUUUCCUUAGUUGCCCAUAUACUGUAUGUUAUAUUAACAUAACGUUAAACUGGUACAUACGGUGGUUGUGAAAUUCUGUGUUAAACAAUUUUGUGUUGUGCAGGGAAACGAUUGUUGGCAACCCUUGCUGAAGUGUAUAGAAAGCAAGGUUCUAGAUGUGUGUUUUAAGUGCUAGACAUGUUAGCCCAAAGUGGUUGGUUAAACUUUAAAGCUGGUGAAUCUGAUUUAUGUUCUGCUUUGCACAUAGAAACUGACAGCUUUCACUGUUUUUUUUCUGUUGCACUGUUUUGUGUGUUUGAAUGUGGUUACCGCAAACCUACGAGGUAACUUGAUUUGAGCAUCAAACCCUUUUAUUUAAAUAAUUCUCAUUGUAGCUAUUAACCUGAUCAUUUCGUGUAUGACACGCAUGCUGCUUUUUUACCCCUUCAUCUGCAGUCUUGGUAUACAAAGUAGUGUUGGGGAAACCUGAACUACACAAGUCAGAUGUCUGGGAAGAGACCGUGUUCUGUUUAAGGGCAACAAAAAACAAGUAUGUCAAGCUGUGCUUUUUAUUUUUUAUUUUCUUGCCUACUUGUGUGUAAUCUCCUGGCACUGCAGAGAACGGCCUUUGAGGCAAAGGCAAGAGAACACGUCUUGUUUGUCUCUUCGCUUGAAGACUGUGGUGCAGCAUUGCUCUGGCUGCUUUUCAUGCUUCUGACUGAGCUGGGAAAUUUUUAAUUUACAUGAAUUGCUUUGUUGUAAUCUGGACAGCAGAGCUUAUUUAAAGGGAAUGCCCUGUUGCUAAAGUCUAGCUUUGUCUUGGGGACACUGAACAUUACAGUUCCAUUUUCUCAUCCCUGCUGCAAAGAGCAUUGGACCCGUGCUCUAUAAACUGAGGAUGAAUUUGAUUCUCUUAUUUUAAAAUAGACAUGAAUUGCCUCUUUCUCCCAGAACAGUAACAUUCCCUGAAAUAACUGAUGCUGUGCUUGUCCCUUUGUAGGCUGCAUCAUCUAUUUCUGGCUGUGCUUUGAGAAUAUAAUUCUGAUCUCCGAUAGUCAUCUAUCUGUGGUGGCUGCUCAUGUUUUUAUUUUAUAUUUAUGCUGCUACUACACAUAACACUUUGACACAUUACUCUUAUGUCGUGGAGAAAAUGCAUCUCCUUUGGAUUGUGUGUUAAAUAACUAAUGCUAGAACAUAUCAGGUGCAGGUAUCCUAAUGGUUCCCAUGGCAGUGUGAUGUUAAUUAGCUAUAACUUCCACGUAGUCUUAAUGUUACCUAGAGUUCAAAAAGCUAUGAUUACUGACAUGAGAGAUUGAGUCAUUAAGCAUGACAUGAUGAAGAGCAAGACAUGGCCUUGGGUGUACUGAGUUUGGCUAGUAGCCACACCUGCAGUUACUGGUACACUCUUGUGAAGUACUUACGGUAGUUAAAAUCCGUAUCCCCUUCUUACCAUUAUGAUGCUUAAUGAGACGUACCUUGUGGAUCUAUGACAGCUGUGAAAUGUCAUUUGACAGGUAAAGCUGUUCUUUCAAUAGCACACUUCACUCAGGAGAUACCUUCAGUGCUAUUCUAAGCAAUUUCUAGACUUUUUGUUUUUUAAAAUACAUAUUUUUUUCAGGGUUGUAAGCAAGGAGGAGAACAUCUGCUCCCUCUUGUGGAGAGGACAAAAGAUCUGGCUUUAUCACCUAAAAUCAUAAAAGAUGCAAAUACAAACACUAGCUUUUUUGUAGCCCAGCAUUUAAGACGAGAUACUCGGUUUCUGUUUAAUCUAAAGUGCAGUUGAUUUUACUCUGGAAGAGCUGAUCUUAUUUUGAAAGUGCUUGGAUAAGGUUAAGAUAUCAAAUGUUAUGUGUUUCAUAAACAAGACAGACUGAAAAUGACUCACUGUUCUUUGUCUUAGCAGUUUCUUAUGUGGGUUUGUGGUCCAAGCAGAUAAACGCAUAAUUUUGGUCCGUAUCAGUUCUGAGAACUAGAGAUAGUUGUUGUAUUUCGUUGUGUUAUGCCUUGCUAUUUUAAGACCCCUUGCUGAAGGAUCUGUUUUUAAGGGGGUGUCUCCUGAGCUGUGCUUUCAAAAACCAAACCCUGUAGUAAAUUGCCCUUUUACUUGACAGACUAUCAAUGACUUAGAUGUCACUGUGAAGCAUGACACUGAGUUCAGAUUAUUUAAAACUGAAUUACAAAGGCAUAUCCUGAUCUUCUGAUUUAAUUCAUGUUGCUCCUGAAAGCAAUAGUCCUCUAGGUAUAACUGAGAGGGCCUUGGGCAGAGAAAAUGUGCUUAAACAAAAAAGCUUGCUUGCGCACACUUGUAACUGACACGUUGGAGAGACUGCCUGGGGUUUCAUAUUAGACGUUUGUUUUGGCGAGCACAUCAUCUGCUCUUGCAAGAGUAUACUUUCUUUAAGUGGAACACUAGCAUGGCCAUGGUGAAGACUAUCAGCUUUGGCUUAUCUUUUAACUGUGUUUUUGUUAUUGCUUUCUUUUUCCUGGGAAUUUUCUUUUAAAAUCAGAGCGCCUGGCUUGGAGGUUUACUUUAAGGGCUUCUCUGUAGCCCUGGAUAAUCUGUGAAUGUCUAAUGUGCCCAUAACAUGUUUUAAAAAGGAGUGGCUUUGGUUUGUUUGGGUUUUUUAAUGACUUGGCAAACACAGCCGUUCUGAUUUCAGCUCAGUAGUUGCUCUAUAGUAUUUCUCAAUAUCAUAUUAACUUAUAUACACACAUACAUAUAUACACACACACACACACAUAUGUGAUGUAUGGCAACCUUCCCAUCUUGCUACCAGAAGUUCCCUUUCAUUCCAGAGCAUCAACCUUGAAUUGAAUUUUUCUGGCUUUAUGUUAUUUAAUGUUGUUUUAAAUGAAUUAUUUCAGAUUUAACUUGUUCCUGAUUCUCUCUUUGUUUAAGAGGAAGGGAAAAUUGUCCUUAGUGCCUUUCCCUAACUUGCAUUGUCUGCACACAUCCUAAUUUCCACCUUUCUCAACAACUCUGUUUAGCCGGUUCUGUAUAUAGGAAAAAACUACUAAUCUGUUUGUAUAAUUUGUCUUCCUAUUUAUUGGCUUUCUAACUGUUUAUUUCUGAUUAUUCUUAGUUUUCUGAUAAAUUCAUUAUACUGUGUAUAUAUAUAAUGUGUUGUGUCCCUGGAGCAUGUUCAUACCAUAAAAUAAAAUUCUUGAUUCCUA